ACAUGCAUGUUACACACCUUGGCAUGCAUGCAUGCCCAGAAAAUCCCUCUAAAAAAUGGCAUGCCGUUGCAUUGCACCCCUAAGCCAGCCCUUGGAUAGUUGGAUCUCCUCCUAUAAGUACGACCUCCCACUCGCAGCAAUCGCAUUAGUGUGGAAGCAGCACGCAACACUGUCGCCUCUCCUUGCAUAUAAAUUACUGUAGGUGACCACUAGCCAGAGACCAAAGCGCGCGAACAUCACAUCACCUGAUUCCGACCGGUGCCGAUCGAUCGAUGGAAGGCGGCCUGAGCCCGGAGCGGCACGCGGCGGCGGAGCCGGUGCGAUCGCGGUGGACGCCGAAGCCGGAGCAGAUACUCAUCCUCGAGUCCAUCUUCAACAGCGGGAUGGUCAACCCGCCCAAGGACGAGACCGUCCGCAUCCGCAAGCUGCUCGAGCGCUUCGGCGCCGUCGGCGACGCCAACGUCUUCUACUGGUUCCAGAACCGCCGCUCCCGCUCCCGCCGGCGCCAGCGCCAGCUGCAGGCGCAGGCGGCGGCGGCGGCGGCAUCCGCCGCCUCCUCGUCCUCGUCGGGCUCGCCCCCUGGGAGUGGCGCCGGGCUCGCGCCCGGUCACCACGCCGGCUCGGCUGCCUCAUCGCUGGGGCUGCUUGCGCACGGCGCGGCGUAUGGCUCGUCCGCGUCCGCGUCGUGGCCGUCGUCCCCGUCGUCCGCAGGGAUGAUGGGGGACAUGGACUGCGGGGGCGGCGACGACCUGUUCGCCAUCUCGCGGCAGAUGGGUUACGUGCACGGCGGUGGCUCCGGCUCAUCGUCCUCGGCUGCCGUCGCUCAGCAGCAGCAGCAGCUCUACUACUCGUGCCAACCUGCGAGCAUCACGGUGCUCAUCAAUGGCGUGGCGACGGAGGUGCCUCGGGGCCCGAUCGACCUGCGGUCCAUGUUCGGGCAGGACGUGAUGCUCGUCCACUCCACCGGCGGCCUCCUCCCCGUCAACGAGUACGGCAUCCUCAUGCAGAGCCUGCAGAUGGGCGAGAGCUACUUCUUGGUCACGAGGGGCUAGUUGAAGAUUGAUCACCGGUAUCAGGUUCGAUGUGCGUUAUUGUGAGAUGCAUGGUGUCAGUUAACAGUGAAACGAACUGAAGCUUGCCAGGAUAUAUGCAGCUAGCUGGCCUAUGACAUCGAAACUUACGUGUGUGAUCGAGAAGCGUGCAGCAGUGAAGCAUGCACGCAUGAUACGAGCAGUAUAUAUAUAGCAGCAAUACAGAUAAGAUUGUACUAUGCAUCCAUAUCAUCUAUAUGUGUAAUCAAUCAUAUAAGUCAUAUCAUUGCAAUUUGCAACCAUUUACGUUCGUUA